UAAAUGACUCCCCAUGCACCCUCCCACGUGGGAGGGCGGGGACUCAGCCAUGCGUCACUUCCGUCUCUCUCGUGGUGUGCAGGAGCCGCGCGGAGUAGGACAAUGCCUAAGUCAAAGGAACUUGUGUCUUCAAGCUCAUCUGCCAGUGAUUCAGAUAGUGAAGUUGACAAAAAGGCAAAGAGGAAAAAGCAAGCAGCUCCCGAGAAGCCUGUAAAGAAACAAAAGACGGGUGAAAGUUCAAAAGGUGCAGCUUCUUCUAAGCAAAGCAGUAACAGAGAUGAGAACAUGUUUCAGAUUGGCAAAAUGAGGUAUGUCAGCGUUCGUGACUUUAAGGGGAAAGUCUUAAUUGAUAUUAGAGAAUACUGGAUGGAUCAAGAAGGUGAAAUGAAACCUGGCAGAAAAGGUAUUUCUUUAAAUCCAGAACAGUGGAACCAGCUGAAGGAACAGAUUUCUGAUAUUGACGAUGCAGUAAGAAAACUGUGAAGACAAAGCCAUACAGAAACUUUUAUCAUUUUAGUUGUUUAAGCAGUCUUUAUACAUUGGCUUUUGUUUUCUAAAAUAUUGUUUUCCAAGCUAUUGUAUAUUUGGAUUGCAAACUGAUUUGUAAGAUGAAUACUUUUUUUAUGUGCAUUAAAAGUGUAUUCUGAGUGAGGCUAUUCGUGUAUACUUUACUAAAAGGAAACAUACUGCUUUCACCUCGUGAUGUAAAAUAAAGAAAUCAAGGAAUAUGUAAUGCAUACUGGUUUAUGGCCUUUUGAUUUAAAAUGUUUGCUGAUAAGGCCACCUAACAGCUUUAGUUUUUGUUUUAGUUUAAGUUUAACAAUUCAGUUUCUGAAGACAUUUCUUAAAGUGUCUCCAUUUAAUUUUUUUCUCUUUGGUGUUGCCCUGACGGCUUUCUCCUUUAAGACUUGAUACAAACAAUGGGGACUUAGUAAAACACUUUUGUUUUUGGUAGAUAAUUUAAAGUACUGUAUUUGCUAAUUUACCUUACUUUUUUCAGAUGCAAACAGUCCUGAGCCUGUAGACAUUUUGCAUUACUUGCAUGAAGUGUUAUGCUAAACAAUAACACUUGAACACAAAGCCACACGCUAUUUCUUCCCAUUUCCCAUAGCUUGCUUGACUUAGAAAAUACAAUUAGCCAAUUUUCUUGGACUCUAGAUUUUAGAACACAAUGCAUAAACUUUUCCAGUAAUAGAUAUAUACCUCAGAGUAAGAUAGUGUUUAAAAACUCCAAAUGUUGCUAUUGGUUAGGUACCCUUUUCAAGCUUUGCAUUAAAUUGAUUGUUGAACAUGUAAAAACUAGUUUAGUCUAUAGAAAAGACCAGUUAACCUCUCUUUGUUAAACUUCUGUUUGUUUGGGAGUUUUAUGCAAACAGUGUUAGGCUGUAACACAGGUUAAAUGGUCAAACAGGGUUAAAAUUGCUUCAGCCAAAAGGUGUGGCUUUCACACUUGUACCCUGUCCACACUGCCUGCCUAAACCACUUAACUUGGCUUGCUUUGUGUGGCUUACAUGUGCACAGCUGUUUAAUCUUUGGUACAGAACAUACUUAGCGCUUACAGUGGAGGACUGGUUCAUGGUUGAUCAUGAUGCUAGUGGACUUUGCUUACCAGCCAUUGUACUAUUCUGGUAAAAAAAGUUUCUGUACCGGGGUAGCUCUCUUAGACUAGAUGCUGCCCUGGUUGAAGGGUUUCUUGAUAGGUGUCACCAACACCGAAAAAGGGAGCAUAUGAUGUUUCAGUAGAACUUGAAGAGAUAAGGGACAUGCUAGUGUGGAGGUUAACAGUGAAAGACCAAAGUUAGCUCACACACAUGUACAUUAGCAGAGUUGGAGAUAAGUUCAUUUUCUGAUUUGAUAGUUAAUUGAAGGAAGAAGAUUAAACAACUUCAUUAAAAUUGAUAUUUCAAGACUAAAUGAACAACUUCAUUAAGUUGGCUUUAAUUUUCCCAUUUGAUGUUUAAUUUUGUGUAUUAGAAAACUAAAUAGGAAAAUCCUGAAGUACUUGUUUAUGUUGCAGAUGUGCGUGGAAGUGCCAUACACAGACUGUUCCUGUGCUGCAGAGGUUGUAAUUUAAAACAAAUAGAUACUGAAGAGUAAGAAAGGGUGACUUCCUCAAAUUGAACAUGUUUAGUACUAUUUCGCAUACCUCUGCAUGAUUUUUAACUUACGCAUCAUUGAUGUAUCACAAGUGAAAUUAAGAUUUGUUUUUUUGAAUAGCUCAGGAAAUUGGAGUUUUUAAGAACUGCUUGAGGGCCAAAAGAAGACUGGAGAUGUUUUGUGGGAACAGAUGCAUUUUUGGGCACAAUAUACUUCCUGGAGUUAACUCUUUCAGGCACUUAGGAAUAUUUGGACCAAAUGGAAUAAAUAACUAUCUUCUAAAAUUUCACAGAUGAGUGAAUUAAUUUGGUUCAGAUCACUAUUAACAGUCUCUAGCUCUGCAAAUUUUUGUGAUAUUACUGCUUUUUUUCUUUCUGUCUGAGGUUUUGCAACCAGAUUUCACUCAUUUCAUCUCGAAACUUUCAUGUGGCAAUUUGAAAGUGCAUGAAUAUAUUAGCAGGAACAUUAUCCUCCCUUAGAUUGCUAUGGUAGUAGGCUGUUGAAUGAUAUUUGUGUAUCAGAUUAUGUUAUGAUUGUGUUCAGGAAGGUGGAUAUUAAAUUCACUCAAGGGGAUUAAGUGAAAAAGGUUUAAUACAGUGAUUAGUUCUUGUGUGGAAAUUGAUGGUAGAAGUGUUCAAAGAAAUUAGUGUUUGUUAAAUAAGAACUAAUCACUAUUUGUGGUGAUAGUUACUGGAGCUGUUUGUUCCAUUUUACUUGAUAUAACUCCUGCCAAUGCGAUUUUACCUAGAUUGUGUGUUUAAAAUAGUUUUCCACCUGCCACUCGUAUUUCUAUUUGUAAUAAUGAUAAAAUACCACAUAUUUAACCUGGGUCACUCUUCGCAUCUGUGUGAAUAUCUACAAUAAUGUUAACUAAAUAAACCAGUCAGUUUCAUAAAUGAACUCAAAAUGGGGUGAGUUAGAUUGUAGGAGAAUUCAUUCUAUUUCAGAGGGCUGAUGUACUUUUUACUUCAUAAAUAUUUGGUGCAUUCAAUUAUUUUGAAAUAAAUGAUGGAUACAGGUUUGUCAUGUAAUUGUCUACAGCUGUAAUCUUAAUAAUUUGAAGGAGAACAUUCAGAUUUUUUUUAUAAAUAUUUUCUUGUUGAGAACAAUUUUAGUUAGGGUACAUGGAAGAGAAUUGUGCACAUACGAAAAUGCUGUGUAAUGUGAGAUACAAACACUGCUUCCAUUUUCACUGAAGUGGUGAAAGAUGCAUUUAAUUCUUGAUGUUUGUGCUGGGCAUAUUAGCAAUAUGUUUUAUAAACAAACCUACUAUGGAGCUUAAGGGGAAUCACAGAGCUGCCAAAGUGCCAUAUAUAUGGUAAAUCAAAACUGUCGCGUACAAUGUUGCUCUUACAUAGAGAUGUUCAUAUUGAAAUUAAACAAAUGCGGUACUAAGUUUGAUAUUUCUGUUAAAGGAAAUGCCCCAGUUACGUACUUAUGUGAUCUGUUAGCAAAAAAAAUAAUCACCAUGGUUGUAAUUCUGGUAACUCAAAUGUCGUAUUGUUACCCAUGUGGAAUGUUUCAUGUUUUGCUCUGGUGGUACCUGUUGCAGAGAGACCACUGGAAAUAUGAGCCUUCCAACUGUAAUUAACGUUGAUGUUAAAAUAUGAAAAUAGUUAAAUGGCAUAUGUGUAAUAACAGUUUGAACACUUGGAAAUAAACAAAGACUUCUGUUGA